CUGCCAGUUGCUCCCGGUCCAGACAUGGAGAGAGAAGGAUAUCCAGAAAGUUGCUGCAGUUAGGUUACAGGUUUGCUGAUACCAAAUGCUACUCAGACGAUUUCAGCCUCUUUAAAAUAUAUGUAUGUUUAAUAAUGUUUGAGUAAAUUUAAAUCGUAGGUAAAAAUUAGCAAAAUUUUAAAUCUCGCUCCGCUUAAAUAAAUGUGGGCUUUAGUUAGUAAACUCUGUAAAUAUCCCCAUACAACAAGCUGUCAGUGGAUAAGGUAUACAUAGGACUUAUAAAUCUUGCUUUUGCUGCAGCCCGCUCAUCUGGCCCGCUAGUCUUGUCAUAAUUGUAAAUAGCUGUAAGGAAAAUAUUGUUAAAGUGGAAGAAAACGUUACAAACGUAAAGGUUUUCAGGUCAUGUAUGAACUGGUAUUGUUUCAGGUAAUUGAAGGAGGGAAAUAAGGUAAACACAGUAAGCUGCGAAAAAACAUAAUUUACAUAGCUGCUGAAGCUGAAGAGCUGCUACAGCUAAAGAGGUUUUGCAGAGAAAGUCAAGUUUCUAAACUGAGAACUUCUUCUCCUGAAUGUUAGUAAAAAAUGCCGGAAAUUGAUUAUUUUAUUCAAGCAAAAUAUCCCUGCAUUGAAUGAUUGAUGUGAACAUACACAUAUAAGAAAAUUUGAUUUAAAACCAAUCAAAUCAAAAUUAAUAAAGCAUUGCUCAUAGUUUUUCAUUAAAGCAAUGAAAAAUUUAACGGGGGUUGAAAAUAUUGCUCAUAAAAUGUGCUACACUUGAAAAUCCUUCAAAAUAUAAUUUUUAUUCAAAUGUGUCCUUUAAACCUACAACCUAGUUUAUUCCAACUGAAUAAAGUAAUAAUAUGUGUCUUCAAAUAAUGUUAUUGGCAUAAGUGAAGAACUUUUUGUCUGACAUAAACAAUACAAGAAAAUAAACUGUUACAUAUCUGAAUCUAUUAAGUCGAAUUGAACUGUAUUUGGUUUUUAUCUAUGAAUUUAUGCUUAUUUUUGCAUAUUUUGGAAUACCCAGAAAGCAAAUUAAAAUGAGAACGUUUUCUGAAAUUACUACUUAAACUGCUUAUAAACGAAACAAUUCGAUAUACUAAACUGUUUAAGAAUAAGCAAAUAUCUUCUAAUCAAGAACUAAAUACAUAUUCAUACUCAUUUAUUUCCAUGCAUAUAAGUGCAUUUCAAGUAUUCGAGGAAGAUUAUUAAUUAAGAAUUCCAAAAUGUUUCCCGCUGAUUAUUAUGCAUGCUAUGUGAGUCAAACUAAAAGUCAUACAAAAUACCUAUCUAUGUAAUGCUACCUACUGAAUUUCAGCUACAGUCUUUACGCUUAUUAUCUGUGUGGAAAAAUAGAUAAUAUAAAAUUAAAAUUAAUGGUAUUCUUUUAAAAAAGAAAGAAAGAAGAAUUCCUUUUCUACAAAUUAAACAUUUGUGAAAUGCAUAAUUUCUUAAUAGUGUAACUAAUUAAUCGUUUUAUAGUGAACUGCCUUUCGGAAUUACGUAACGGAACAUUUUUAAAAGAAUUUAAUAUUCUACUGAUAAGAAAAAUGAAAUCAUUUACCAACUAAGCAUUCGAGUUAACUAGUUCGUGAGGAAGAAUAAUAAGCUGGUCAAUCUCUCUCUCUCUCUCUCGCUUAUAUCUAAAUGUUUAGGGAUUCUAUGUGCAAAACUAAGUUUAUGAAAGUCUAAUUCGAAGUACUUUACAUGAUGGGAGAAAUGUAUCUUCAAAUGUAUAUCAACGCUUCUAUGAAUGAUGGCUUUCAGCCUAAUGUGAGCACCGGAAAUUAUUCGCACAAUACGUUAUUUGGUAUUCAAGAAGAAAUUGAUUAUCCCUAUUUUGGGGAUUACUUGGCACAAUUUCAAAGAGGGUAUGGCUCCGUCCAUGGUUAUCUCAGCUUCGCAGUUUGCUUAUUUGGUAUCACUGCUAAUGUCCUAAAUAUAAUAGUGCUCACUAGAAAAAAUAUGGUAUCACCAACUAAUGCCAUCCUAACAGGACUUGCUGUAGCGGAUAUGUUGGUUAUGUUCUCGUAUUUGCCAUUUACCUUUCAUAACUACAUUCGAAGUGAUCUCGACGAGAAAGAUAAGUUUUCAUACAGCUGGACUGUCUUUACGCUGUUUCAUGCUCACUUCACGGUAGUAAAUCACACUAUAUCGACUUGGCUAACAGUCACUGUUGCCAUUUGGCGAUUCAUUGCUGUAAGCUUUCCUGCAAAUACAGCAGUAUGGUGCAGUAUGGCACGCGCCAAAUGCGCUAUUGUGGCGACAUACAUAAUGUGUGCUUUGUUCUGCCUUCCAGUAUAUCUAACAUUCACAGUGUCUAAAUUUAGAGGAGAAGAUGGUCAGAUCAUGUACAGAGUAGAUUUCAGUCAGAUAGCCCAGAGACACAACCGCCUAUUGGAGAAGAUGAAUUUCUGGAUUUUCAGCGUUAUAACGAAACUUGUCCCUUGCGUUGCAUUAACAGGACUAAGUUUGGGAUUAAUAAAGGUACUUUAUGAGACAAACAAACGUCGCCAAAGACUCAAAAACCGAACGGAGGUGGACAGAGUUCACGACAGAACCACACGCAUGCUUCUGGCCGUCCUGCUGCUAUUUUUGCUCACUGAAUUCCCUUCAGGACUCUUAGCGCUGUUGAGUGGAAUCCUAGGGACUGACUUCUUUAAUAACGUUUACCUUAAUUUUGGCGAAACUAUGGAUGCUUUAGCGUUAGUGAAUAGUGCAAUAAACUUUAUAAUAUAUUGCUCCAUGAGUCAACAAUUUAGGAUUACCUUCGCUUACCUUUUCUUACCCAGCUGCUUCCAGCGGGCUACUACUACAACUGGUAGUGCUGCUAUUGUUUAAAUAGCCGAUGAACUGUUAAAAUAGAUCAGUCCUAACUUGCAUUACCUUUAUGUAUUCACAAUCAUUGUAUUCAAAAUCAGUGAACAAACUAUAUACUAUUGCAUACGAAAAGAAAUGAGAUUCAUCGGAUAGAUUGCUUGCUUGAUUCAAAUGAUACAGCUGAAGAUUUUCACUGAAGACAGGAACUGAGUUUACAAUUGAACCAAUAAAAAUGAGGAAUUGUGAACAUAUUUAUAAACAAUAAGUUUUAAAGUUAAUACUGCACUUUCCUAUGAAUUUCUGAGUCCGAAAGACUUUCCUUGUCUUUACCAGAACUCUGCAUUUUAACGGUUCACUUCCUUGAUAUUAAUAAAUAGUUGUAUCUAGUCAAAACGCUGUUAUGAAACACAGCUUAAAUAAAGCAAAUUAUCUCAUCCUGCCAUAUUUCUGAGAAAUCUCAUCAUUUUAAAUAUAAUUUAUUAUAGAAAACAGAUUGAGGAAUACUAUCAACUUCCCUCUGAAAUGAGUGAAUGACUGCAAAUGAUUUAUUUUGUUAACCAUUAUGCGUUGAUGGCAGGAGCGUAGAUAGUAUUCGCAAAGUUUUAAAGCUUUAGUUAGUUAGAUUCUUUUUCGGGGCUCCUUAUCGUUAUUGCUUUAAGAUAAAGGCAAUCAGGCAAAUUUUGUUUUCAUUAACUCAGCAAAUGUGGCUGGAUAGUGAUAGACUGCUCUUUUUUGAAAAAAUAUGAUCAGUAUGUACCGUAAACGCUGUACUCUAAGUGAAAGAUUUACUAAAGGACAUCAUGAAAAAUGGUGGCGCUAUAAGAAUGUUCCACAAGAUGUAGUGAUCUGCCUUUUUUCUGACUUAAGUUUUCAGGAUAAAAUGACAGCAUCCGUAUGUGAAAAAACUUCACACGAGCACAGUACCCAAAUGGUUUACAGAAAACUUUACGUAAUCAUUAGUUGUUAUUCCCGAAGCAUUUAACCUAGAUAUUCAACUAUCUUACAUAAGCAUCUGUUUGAAAAUGUUUUGAAAUGGUGCGGUUUUUCUCAAACGGUGUAUUAAAUAUGUAUUGAGUGUAAACUAUGUUGUCUAUCUUCUUAGUAUAUCAGUGUAAAAUGGGAAAAUGUGCAUGAGUUCUUAAAUGAGAAAGUCAUCAAUAGAGGCAAACUGUUUUCUUUAACGCUUUUUAGCUUCUAAAUAUGAAUUGAAAAAAUCAACAUUUUUGUAUUUAAGAUAUUAAUAUGUGAUCUGUGGUUUGUUAUUUUGUUACAUAUGAGAUGUCAUAACUCAUUAAGUUAUCAUAUAAUAUAGAAUUUCAUAAGUGAUGUUUUACAUUUAUUUGAAACUGUAAUGUGAGUACGAUUGAAUAAAUAUGUCUGUAAAUGUUAUAUGUAACAUUGUUAUAGGUGCUUGAGUCUCAUUAAAUAAUGAUGA